AACAUUGAGCCAGUUAUUUUAUAUUAAAAGAAAUAUAAAUUUAUAUCGAAUGCAUUACGGCAUUUGCCAACACCUACAGUGGCCACUUAUCAGCCCGGUCUGCCGCGGUGUGUGUUAACAAAAGUGGUGUUUACGUUGGAAAACAGAAGCGAACCCCGGGUGGACCCGCACCCUUUGACUGGAUCUAGUCAGAUGAGUUCGUAGUUGAGCCGUGCUGUUCUAUCAGUGACCUUGUGAGACACCGACAUCUACGAACGCCCGCACCAACGUGAAAAUGAAACUUUUCCCCGUGCGGCUAUCCAACAUCAAUAAGAUGUUGGAUUUUUAUUCCCAGUUUAAUCCAUCACCAUUGAGCAUUAAGCAAUUUAUUGAUUUCGGGUUAAAUGCAUGUCCUCGAAAGUCUUUUGUUUUCCUUCGUAAAGAGCUACCGGUUCGGUUGGCGAAUAUCAUGAAAGAAAUCACUCUGCUGCCCGAAAGUCUGCUACGGAUGCCCUCUGUUGGUUUGGUUAGUGCAUGGUACGUGAAAAGCUUCGAGGAAGUGCUCGCUUUCGAAAAAACCGACCCAACGGAAACCAACCUAGAGAAAUUCUGUAAAUCCCUGACUCAGAUUCGCGACCGUCAUUCCGAUGUGGUGCAAACGAUGGCCCAAGGUAUAUUGGAGCUAAAGGAAAGCCGCGAUGGAGCUAUCGAACCAUCGACUGAACUCUCGAUUCAAUAUUUUCUGGAUCGUCUGUACAUGUCGCGUAUCAGUAUAAGAAUGCUCAUCAAUCAGCAUACUAUAUUGUUUGGUGAAAUACCACAAACCGGACGCCACAUCGGCAGCAUAGAUCCCUUGUGCGACCCCCACAUGGUUGUGAGGGAUGCCUACGAAAAUGCACGCUUUUUGUGUGAUCAAUAUUACCUUGCUAGUCCCGAACUGGAGGUCAUCGAGCAUAAUGAGAUUGAUAAGGGUAAUCCUAUUAAGAUCGUCUACGUGCCGUCUCAUUUGUAUCACAUGUUGUUCGAGUUGUUCAAGAACUCAAUGCGUGCCGUCAUGGAACAUCACGGUACGGAAAACGAUGUGCCACCGAUUAAAGUUACCAUCGUGAAAGGUAAGGAGGAUAUAUGCGUGAAGAUGUCCGAUCAAGGCGGCGGCAUUCCACGAUCGCAGGUGGAUCAACUGUUCAAGUACAUGUACAGUACUGCGCCGCAACCACCUAAAUCUAAAACAGAUUUGCCAUUAGUUCCGUUGGCAGGAUACGGUUACGGGUUGCCCAUUUCUAGAUUGUAUGCAAGAUACUUUCACGGUGAUUUGGUCCUGUUCUCUUGCGAAGGAUAUGGUUCCGAUGCAAUAAUCUAUCUGAAAGCAUUUUCAGAUGAAGCCAAUGAGUUACUACCAAUAUUUAAUAAAACUAGCACACGAUUUUACAAGGCAACCGUUCCAACUGGUGACUGGUCAAAUCAGGGCAAAAACUUUACCAACAGGUUGUUGUAGCCGUUUGUGCAAAUGACCAUGAUAUGAUUAUGAUGUUUAGAGCUCAAGUGACAGAACGAUGGAUCUCAACUGAUCGUCGCGCUUUAUUUGCCUCAAUUUGAUCUUCCCUACUUACUUCUGCUACUUCUACUGCUUGUUAUGCUACUGUUACUACUACUAUUGUUACUAAGGCUUGUCAAACUACAUCACAAUAGUUUGGUAGUCUUCGAUAUUGGUUUUUAGUUACAUGUUUAUGUGAAAAAACGCUUUCAUAAUCCGUUUUCCGUGUGUUGUAUGUCUUUUAUCUUUUCUGUUUGUAAGGUGAUGUAAACUGAA